AAGUGUCAUGUUACGAUAAGUAUAAUAUAUAAUAAAACAGCUUAGUACAAUAAUGAUGCAGAGAGGGGAAAUCAUUUUGACAUUACUUAUCCUCUAUCAUCUGACGAUUCUCGUUAUUGCACUGAAACCCACCCAAAACUCUGAAGAAGAUGAUUGUGUUCCUGAAGAUAUCGAGAAAGUUGGAGAUGAUUAUGCAGACUAUAUAGUUAAUGGGCAGGAGGUCAAUCAGGGGAAAUAUCCUUGGAUGGUUUACAUAAGUUACUCAACAGAGGAUGGAGAAGAUGGGGGAACCUGUGGUGCAUCAGUAAUCUCAAAGAAUGUCGUGCUGACCGCAGCCCAUUGUGUUUUCCUUGACGUAAUUAUUGAGGUGGUUAUAGGAAGUGUUAAGAUAAAAAAUGGUCUAAAGCAUACUGUCAGUAAGAAGCUUAUACACCCAGGUAGGACACAGUAUAAUACAGCAAAGUACAACUUUGUUUAGUACAUUAGAGUACAACAGACAAUACAGCUUUGUUCAGUACAUUAGAGUACAACAGUUCAAUACAGCUCAAUUCAGUACAUUACAGUACAACAGUACAAUAUAGCUUAAUUCAGUACAUUAUAGUGCAACAGUACAAUACAGCUUAAUUCAUUUCAUUACAUUACAACAGUACAAUACAGCUUAAUUCAGUACAUUACAGUACAACAGUACAAUACAGCUUAAUUCAGUACAUUACAUUACAACAGUACAAUACAGCUUUGUAUCAGUACAUUACAUUGCAGUGCAACAGUACAUUACAGUACAACUAUCCGAUACAGCCUAAUUCAGCGCAUAACAAUACAAAGCAAAAUACAGCUUAAUUCAGUACAUUUCAGUACAACAGUGCAAAACAGCUUAAUACAUUACAUUACAGUACAACAAUACAAUGCAGCUAAAUUCAGUACAAUACAGUACAACAGUACAAUACAGCUUAAUUCAGUACAUUACAGUAAAAAAGUACAAUACAGCUUUAUUCAGUAAAUUACGGUACAACAGUGCACUAUAGCUUAAUUCAGUACAUUACAGUACAACAGUACAAUACAGCUUUAUUCAAUACAUUACUGGACAGCUGUACACUACAGCUUAAUUCAGUACAUUAUAGUACAACAGUACAAUCCAGCUUAAUUCAUUACAUUACAUUACAACAGUACAAUACAACAUUAAGUACAGUACAUCAGUAAAGGAAAGUGCAACAGCACAGUACAGUGCAACAGUUCAGUACAGUUGUUUCGCAUUGGAAUCUGGCCGCUUAAAAUAUCCUACAGUAUCGACCAUGAUCUGCUACAGGGUUAGGAUUGGAACCGGGACAAAAUCUCGAAUCUCUACAGAAAGAAAACACUCAAAGACUUGUUCUACAGGUUCAAUCUGUAAAAGAUAGCCCAAAUUAAUUUAUUAUAAUCAUAAAAUACAAUAUGCAGAAAAUAAAAUUAUAGACAAAAUGACCACAAGAAAAAUAAAAUCUAUGAUAACUUAGAAAUACGUGAAAAUUCUUACAUGGAUACAUUCGUCCAUUAAAUCCAAAAUAAAGAGAACAAGGAAUGACACUCAAUUCUAUAAAAAUCACGUAGUAAUGUUUAAUCAAUACCUUAAUACGCCGUUCACAGAUCACAACAAACAAUUCUAUUUGUAUCAAAACCAUUGGUACUAGAAUAGGGUAUUGCAACGAGGGUCGCGCACGAAUAAAAGGUCGAUACGGUAUGGGGAAGAUCUGUACAUGUCUGACGUCACUGAUUAAAACUAUCGGUGGAGAAUUCCCAGUCCACCAAAGAAAUGCCAAUCACAAUUAUGCGUAUACUAGCCUACAACAGUUCUUAUCCCAAGACAGUUCUAGGAUCAGUGCCCUAUCCUCUGUGCCCUGUACCAGGUUAUGACGUAGGCAAGGUACAGAAGCUAGAAUCACUAGAAUUGUAUGACUACCUUACCCU